UCUGUUCUUCAUCCCUUCUCUUCUCAUCCCUUCUCACCCAACCGAGCCAUGGCAGACAAAGAGGACGCACCAGUACUAGUACCAGCACCAGCACCAGCAACGGUACCAGCAACGGGCGCGCUCAGGAACAGGAGGACAACUGUCGAGGACGCAGACGACGACUCGGAUGUCUCGCCCGUCGCCACCACCACCGCUACUUCAAUCUCCUCUUCUGUAUCUACUUCUGCGAAGAAGGGCGCCCCGCCCGCAUCAAAGGAUACAGAGGACGACAAGAAUAAGAAGGCUGCUGCUGCUCAGGCCCGUCCUCGUCAGCGUCCACAGGCCCAGCAAUCUAACCAACUCCGGAACUUUAUCUUAUCGCUCCUGAUCGCCUCUCUCGGUGUGCUUCUCAAGUCGGUGUAUGACAAGUUCAUCUUCCCAAGCCGUGAGAUCGCCAUUGAGCAGACUAUUGGGCUUCAAGGCAAUUGCUACCAGAUUGCCAACAUCCCCGGACCUGCGGAUAUCGAGAUCAGCGAUCAGGAGCAGCUGGCGUUCGUCUCUUCGGACGAUCGAUCUUGGGUGAAGGAAAGCAGCUUCUUCCACCGACCCAGCAAAAAGACUGCUCAGAACGGAGGCAUUUACAUGUUGCCAUUGAACCAAAAGAACGGAACGCCAAAAGAGGUCCAGCUUCGAGCAUACACAUCCGAUGAUUUUCAUCCUGCGGGCAUGUCGAUCUACCGCUUCCAAAACCCCGACACCAAAACCUGGACCAGCCGUGUGUUUGUGAUCAACCAUUCUCAUAAGGGCGACAUUGUCGAGAUCUUUGAUUAUGCUCCAAAGGACAAUGCCCUGACGCACGUCAAGAGCGUUCAGAGCAGCCUGUUCGUGACUCCCAAGGAUAUUGUUGCAAUCGAUAAGGAACGUUUCUAUCUGACCAACCAUCAUGGUAUGGACACCAAGUAUGGCCGAGUUGCCGAAGACGUCGCAGGUCUUUCGCUGGGAACCGUGGUGUACUACAAUGGCGAGGAUUCUCGCAAGGUCCUUGAGGCUCUAUCGAACCCCUAUGGUAUUGCCAUUUCUCCUGAUGCAACGCAGUUGUACGUGUCCUCGUUCCUGGACAAGGUUGUACAUGUCUACAACGUGACGGAGGAUAUCAAGCAAGGCGAAUUGGUCCACGAUAUCGAUAUCUGGGUUGGUAACCACGUCGACAAUCUAUCUGUCGACAAACAUACGGGCGAUAUCUAUGUUGCCAGCCACCCCUCGUACUCGACCUACCUCCGACAUAAGCUGGGCUACGAACCCCAGGCACCCUCUCAUGUUGUCAAGCUGGAGAAGCUGUCGCCAGAGAACUACAUCAGUCAGGAGAGCACGCAGCCGGAUCUUUACUUCUUCUCAAAGCCCGAGAUCCCUCCACUGAAGUGGGAGGUCAAGGAUCUGUUCUACAGCAACGGAGAGGAUAUUUCCGCUUCAACGGUUGCCGCGUUCUGGAGCAAUGAUCUGAUCCUGGGUUCAUCCACAAGCCAUCAUCUCUUGCGGUGCACGCUUCGUCUGGAGCAGUAAGACUUCACGGUCUAUGCGCCAUGAGACAUUCCCAAAUCUUCCGUAUAUUACAAUUAUUACAACAUGGAAAAACAUAUAUGAAUAUGUCGAAAUAACGAGCAUUGACUACGAGCCUUACAAGGAGUGGGUUUCGGAUUAAAAAAGAAUGCAUGCGUACCACUCUAUUCGUUGCUGUGGUGGUGUGACAAAAAAA